AUCGCCGCCAAGGUGGAACAAGUCAUUGUUUGUUUAACGCGCACUUCUCCUCCUCAACCAUUUAUCAAAACUAGAAACCACUAUAUAAAAAAAUCCACAGAGAAUGAAAUUUACAUAUUUUCAAAUCUUUAAAAGUUGAGACCAGAAGAAGAAGAAAAAAAAUCAUGGAGAUGACCGAAGCUUCCAAACAGACAACAGCAGAAGGAUCAGCAAAUCCAGAACCAGACCAAAUCUUGAGUCCGAGAAGAUCGUUGGAGCUAAAACAAAAGAAAUGGUGGAUCUCUGUUUCUUUAUGUAUUUUCUUAGUCUUGCUCGGAGAUUCUCUAGUCAUGCUUCUCUUGAACUUCUUCUAUGUUCAAGACAAUCGAGAAGAUAGUGACCAAGAUCUACAAUACCGAGGAACAUGGUUGCAAGCUCUGGUCCAAAACGCUGCGUUUCCACUACUCAUUCCUCUGUUUUUCAUUUUCCCUUCACCAAAACAAAACCAAGAAACCACCAAUACUCGUUUCCUCUCUUUUCGUCUCAUCUUACUUUACAUCUCUCUUGGUGUUCUUGUUGCUGCUCACAGCAAAUUGUUUGCACUUGGGAAAUUAUACGCAAACUUUGGCGUCUUCACGCUGAUUUCCGCGACUCAGUUGAUAUUUACCGCUAUUUUCGCAGCCAUUAUUAACCGUUUUAAGUUCACCAGAUGGAUUAUCUUAUCGAUAAUCGGCAGCAUUUUGAUUUAUGUUUUCGGUAGUCCUGAAUUUGGAGGAGAGCCUGAUGAAAACGAAGAAUUCUACAGCAUCCAAGCUUGGUUAACUUUCGCUGCUUCAGUUGCUUUCGCAUUAUCUCUCUGUUUAUUCCAACUUUGUUUCGAGAAAGUGUUGGUAAAGACAAAGAGAUAUGGUAACAAGAAAGUGUUUAGAAUGGUCAUAGAGAUGCAAAUUUGUGUCUCUUUUGUCGCAACGGUUGUUUGUCUCGUGGGUUUGUUUGCGAGUGGCGAGAAUAAGGAACUGCAAGGCGAUAGCCACAGGUUUAAGAAAGGAGAAACGUAUUACGUUUUGAGUUUGAUCGGGUUGGCAUUGUCGUGGCAGGUUUGGGCGGUCGGGCUGAUGGGUUUGGUGCUUUAUGUUUCGGGUGUGUUUGGCGAUGUUGUUCAUAUGUGUACUUCACCACUUGUGGCUUUGUUUGUUGUGUUGGCAUUUGAUUUCAUGGAUGAUGAGUUUAGUUGGCCUAGAAUUGGUACUUUGAUAGCAACAGUUGUGGCUUUAGGAUCUUACUUCUACACUCUGCAUAAGAGAAACAAGAAGAAGAUGGUGGAGCUUUACCAAACAGAGAACAAUAUUGACGUUUAGUCUCUCAUGUCAAAUGUUUGUUUCUGUUUCAAAAUAUGUUGUUGUUCUUCUGAAUGUUGUAAGUCAAUGUCUAAAACAUGUUGUAUAGAUCUGAAAACUAUGGAACAUAUUUGUUAAUUAUUUUGAUUUGAUUUUUUUUUUGUAUUUAUCUCUUACAAUAUUUUGUUAAUGAGGAUUUGUCACUACAAUUUAUCUCUUACUUUCAUCAACAAAGUAUUGUAAUAACUAAUAAAUAGAUACAAAAAAAUCUUUCUCACAGCUGGUUAACCUGGGUUCACAAGUCUUUUCCUAUAUAUAGGCUAUAAUUUUUACGUUGUAAGAACAAAAACCCUUAGUUUCCUUCCUUUCCUCUAGAGAUUUAUUUAUAACUCUCCUUGGAUCUUCAACAUGUCAUGCCACAUUGCCACUCAAGAGAGAUAUUUUUCACCCUUUUAUCUUUUAGCUCUUAUGUGUACUUGUUCUUGAUUUGGUUCUAAGAGAAACUUUUGUGGUUCUUGAAGGAACCUGUUAGAGAUGUAAAC